AUGGACAAUAAGGAGCACUUACCAGUCUAUAACUUUUAUGGUGGUGGUGAAGAAGUGGCAGAAGAUGAUGUUCUGGAGUAUUCAGCACACUCUACUCCUACAGCAAGAAGCUCCCUAUUUAGUAAAUCUGGGAAGACAAUGGUUCUUCCAAGAAGGGAUCGCAGAGAUAAAAGAAAUGAAGUAAAGAAUAAGAUGGAAAACAUUGGAGUUCACCUGAGCAGUGCUGUUCUUGAAAAGAAAAAGAGAAUGGAGACAUAUAUUAAAGGUGUUGUCAAAGACUGUGACAAGCAUAUCAAACAACAUUGGAAAGCUCAUCAAGAUGAAAUACGGGAGUUUAAAAUUGAAUAUACUGAGCAGAUUAUAACUCUGUUUCAGCAGUGGGAUUCUGAUAUGAAGAAAGUUGGAGACCUCGAAGAAAGCCUAAGUAGUACCUUUUGUCGGCAACAGAAAACUUUUCAACAAACUAGAUCACGGCAGACCCACAGCCUGAAAGCACUUAAGCAGGCAAAUGCCAAGUUCUUAAAGGGUAUGGAGAACUUGGAGAAAGACAAGAGCAAUGUACUUUCGAGUAUUCACAAUGAGUUUAAAAAGCAAUUAGUUUUCCUGCAAAGAAAAAUUACAGAUGGCUAA